AUGGCAGAUACAAUGAAGCCUUCGACGCAGGACAAAGUUGUCGUGGAAGGGACGGCUGCUGUGGAAGAUGUUGAGCGCCUUGACACUCACGCAUCCACCUUUGAGCCUCCUCCAAUGCGCCCAUGGCAGCGACGAGUUUUAAUUUUAUCGCUCUGCCUGUCUCUUUUCUUAGGUGCGCUUGACAUGACCAUCAUCGCCACUGCACUACCGACCAUCGCGAAUCAUCUCAAUGUCACCUCCCGAGAGUACGCUUGGAUAGGAAGCAGCUAUACCUUGGCAACAACCGCUUCAACGCCAGUCUGGGUCAAGAUCUCAGACAUCUUUGGGAGAAAGUCUAGUAUCCUGGUGGCUGUAUCGAUCUUCAUGGUCGGAAGCCUCGUGAGUGCUUUGGCCAAUUCGAGUGUCUCACUCCUUGCUGGGAGAGUCGUGCAGGGACUGGGAGGUGGCGGCUCGAUUGUUCUCGUGACGGUCAUUAUUGGCGAUGUAUUUGCACUUGCAGAUCGACCCAAGUACUAUGGUCUCACUGGGAUUGCUUUUGCAUUGGCAAGUGCCAUUGGCCCUGUGCUGGGUGGUGCUUUUACUGACGGGAUCGGAUGGAGAUGGUGCUUCUAUAUCAAUCUUCCAUUCGACGGAGUCGUCUUGGUCCUACUUUUUUUUACGCUGAAUGUGGCCAUCGAAAAGGAGUCCCUCGCCAAUGGAAUACGAAGUAUAGAUUGGACGGGCUUCCUAUUGAUCAUCGGCGGAACCAUCUGUUUCUUAUACGGACUCGAGACGGGCUCGAGUGGGCUAUUACCAUGGAAAUCUGCGACGGUUAUUCUGCUUGUCGUUUUUGGCGCGACCAUCCUGGUGCUUUUCAUGGUUUGGGAGGCCAAAUUCGCCAAGAACCCUCUCAUCCCAUUUCGCAUUUUCCAAAAGCGAACUUCUGUGGCCUCAUUUGUGGUCGCUUGUUUCCACUCCUUCGUCUUCAUAUCUUUCGACUUCUUCCUGCCCUUAUAUUACCAGGUGGUCCUUGAAUUCAGUCCCUUGAUAUCCGGUAUCACCCUCUUUGCCCUGAUCAUCCCGAUGUCGAUAUCAACCUUCUUUGGUGGCUUCUAUGUCCGGAAAACUGGCGACUAUCGGGCCUUAAUAUUCAUGGGAACUAUUCUUUUGACGCUGGGUACGGGCCUCUUUAUUGAUUUGGGGGUGAGUAAAUCGUGGGUCCGCAUCAUCAUCUUUGAAGUUGUGGCGGGCGUUGGAGCUGGAGUCUUGUUCCAAAGCCCCAUGAUUGCAUUGCAGAGUCACCUUCGUCAGUCAGAUAUUGCAGCAGCAAUGUCGGCGUUCUCAUUCCUGCGGAAUCUAUCUACUUCUGUUUCAAUCGUGAUUGGAACUGUUCUGAUCCAACAGACCCUCCACUCCGACAGCCUGACCACGGCGAUUGACAACAGUAGUACGGCCGUCGAGGACAAAAAACUAUACGUGCAUGGUCUGCGUAACAUGUGGAUCUUCUACACAUGCAUGGCAUCUCUCACCAUCGCCGCCACAUGCUUCAUCAAGCCGAAGGUGCUGAAGAAGAAGGAGUCUCAGGAGGAAGUCACAGAUGUCGAGGCGAGCACGGAAAAAUGA